GUCGUUGCUAGCAUGUUAGCUCUGAAAAAGGGGGAAGAAGUCUCAAACUGUUGAAACUAAACUAUCCAAAUCUUUCCUAUUAAUAUCACAGGAUAAAACUAUUGAGCUGGAAAUGAGCAUAAUGGAUUUUAAUUGAAGUAAACUCAAAACUAAAUAUGCUACACCUCUAGCUAGCAACAUAUUUUAUAGCUAGCUAGCUUGAUAAAAUCGUUGAGUAGGCUAGGUGAGCUAAAUCUUUUAAAUCAAGUAUUUAAGCAACAAAAAUAACAAAUGCUAACAAGGUUGUCUUUUUAUUACCCUUUUCUAUUACUUACAAAUUACUAGUUCAUUUGUUAAUAAUGUUUUUUUACAAUGUGCUGUUCAGGGUGUUUUUUAUUUGCUGCUUUAUAGUUCAAGGUAAAUGUUAGUGACUAGUCGAAGGGCGUAAAGAGGAGGUAGCUUUAAGCUGAAAUGAGUUGAGUAAGUGGUUAGUAAGCGUUGUGGGGGAAAAAUAUUUAAGAUGUAAGCUGAGCAAAAUAUGAAGAUUUUUAACAUGGAAGGCAUCAAUUGGUGCAAAUUCACAGUUGGCACAGUAUGAAAUGAAAAUGUCACAAUGCAACCUUUGUAGAUGUAUAAUUUAUUCCUUAACCCAACUAUCACUGUAAUGAGUGCCGGUUGAAGUUGCACAGCAACAAACUAGUGGUUUUUUUUUAUUAUUCUUUCUUUUCAAAGCAGUAGAAUUGAGUCUCGUAUUACCUGCACACGUUGCAACUCGGUGGAGUCGCAGGCAGCUGGGCUGAACGGACGGAGACGCACGUGGCCGACAUUUAGCAAAACGUCAUGGUGUUCCGGGAAAACCACCUUGGUUUCCGGUAAGAGUUUGUGGCUGAAUCUGAGAUUAUCUGCGGGGUGCGCGAGCGAGUGUCUUGUGUUUUUGCGAUAGACAUAAGAAAUAAGAAGAAGCUACACGGAAGUGACGCAGUUUAAGCGCUUUUCGUUUUAAGUUUGUCAGACUGUGUCGGGAUGGGAGGUUUCACUUAAGGCUGGAAACAUUCCUGUGGCGGGAUUCAGGACUUGAUGGCAAUCUUAAUGUUUUUUUAAAUGUGAGUUUUUGUGUGUGGACAGAACCAGUGUGUCAGCAUCACUUAUGCAUAUUUUUGUUGUACUCGAGAAAAUACGAAACGUUUUGGGUUGAGCAAGUUUUUUUUGUUGUUGUUUUAAUUUCUCUAAUUAUUCAGUUUGCUGAUUUCUCUCAUUUCCUGCUUGCCCGUUUCGUGAAUUGCAUCGCCCUCUAGUGGUGUAGCAAGCGACAGCCCGUCUUGUCCUCUUAUGUUAGAACUUAACAUUCCUAAAAAUAAAAGUUAUUGUGUAAAUGUGCUGUUGUGCAAUGUUGUUACACAAUUGAUUUGGUUUGAGACAAUAAAGUGACCCGGCUCUUUCCCAGCGUUAUUAACGCAGCUGUGCUUAAUUUACGAGGUAACGAGGAGCGAUACUGCAUCGAUUAUUCGCUCACGUUCCGCUUACAUAACCGCGAUAGACGCCGUCGGCUCAAUGCUGUUACAAGUUGUCUGUAAGAGCGCCCUCUGCUGGGGGUGAGAAGUACUUCAGGAUCAUUUUGCAGUGAUUGUAAUAGAUAAGAGGGAAAAAUAAUCACGUGGCUUUUUUUUUUUUGUCAUGAUUUAUGAGACUGAACUGAAAUUAUGCCAUUUUUGUCAUUGUGCUAAAAUGAAUAUAAAUAUUAUAUAUUAAAAUAUAUUUGCUAACCAAAGUUGCUCUGUCUGGGUCUUUUAUUAUUAAUGUAGCUGAGAGGAGACCGUAUGUAACGAUAACUGAUUAAUUUAGAGACCUGAUGAAAUGAGACAUCCAAAGUUUCUUUAGGAUUGACUUGCAUUGAGAAAAAUCUUUAUUAUUAGUAAAGAUCUAUAUUGUUUCACGGAUGUAACGUCGAUUUCCCAGUCCAAGAUUCAUGACAUGAACCAAUCAAGUAAAGUUUAUUUGUAUAGCACAUGUCGGUAACAAUGGCGUUCACAGUGAUUUGCUGUAUUAUAUUUAUGGUAUAACCAAUUAUGAAACAAGCACAUAUUUGUCAAAUGCAAUCAAAAUCAUCAAUAGUCAAUAUAUUUAAAAAGUAUUUAAAAUAUAUUGAUCUAUGUUCCAGUUGCUAUUAAUCAAAUUGAAGCUUUGGUUAAUAGGAGCUCAGUAUGUCAGCAUCUUUGCAGUUUUCUGGAAGUUUCUCCCAUUUCUUUGGUGCAUAGGCCUAGAAGCUGAAUGCACAUAUGGACUUGAUAUCUUCCAUUGAUUGUAACAUAAAAUAAAAAUACAUCGUCAUAAAAGUGUUAUAUUUUUUACAGGAACACAAAACUGCAUAAAUCGAUACAGAACGACAGUUUUUUACUGGAUUAUGAUCAUUAGGAUGUGACUUUUAGGAAAUACGAACGUUUAAAAACUGCAGCUGUGUUAGCAAACAAACAAGCUCUACUACACUAAGAAAAAAGUAAAUUGUUCAUCUUGGAUUCACAAUGUUUUCAUUAAGCUCUUGCCAGCUGGAGUAGAAACUUAUGAAUCACAAGUGGAUCUGUUUAAAAGUUAAUUCUGUAUUACAAGUAAGCAUUAGUAUCAGCAUUAUGUCAAAAAAAAAAUUCCCAUCCUUACGAAACCUCUUAGUAACCAUAGCUACCAAACCCUACGGAAGAAGAUUAGGGCCACUGGAAAAAAAACACCAAAAAAAUUCGGACUUUAAUCUCAGAAUUUACCCUAACAUAAAAAAAAAAUGUAGAACAGUAAAAAAAAUGUUAUGAUUGACCUGCAUUUCUCUUCAGCAAGCAGAUUUUGUUGUGUAAAAAUAUUAAGAAUUUCUUUUCAUAGACAUGCAAAAACCAAAGGGUAUAAAAGGACUAUUUAAAAACGAAACAAUACUCAAGUAUUGCAUUGAGAAAAAUCUUUAUUUUAUUUUAUUUUAUAAUAUUUAUUUUACUUAUUUGACUUUAUUUUACAAUACUCAAGUACUGUUUCGUUUUUGCGCUUGAGAUUAGCUUUUUAUCUAAAUUUAUAUUUUGGUACAUUUUUCUAACAUUCGUGAAGAAUAACAAAAAACAAAAAUGCAACUAUUUGCAGGGCACCACUCCACCUUUAAUCAACGUUUGUUGAAAUUUUAAAGAUUAUGAAUAUGAGAUAAGAAGUGAAACUGAUUAUGGUCGACACUAAACGCGAUCAGAACGCCUUUUCCACAGAACAUGCGUGUGUCUGGUGCAGCUGAAGGAAAACCAGUUGGUUCGCCACAGUUGGCUCCAGGCAACAGUUGCGGGUUAAUUAACUGCAAUUAAUAAACGGCAACCAACAGAACGUACAUUUUGCAAGUCUCAACAUUCAACUACAACAAAAGAUCUAAUGCAGAGCCGAGCGCGGAAGAUGGUGAAAAAUGUCAUUUUUAGAAACUGUUCAGACAUGAAACCAGGAAAACAGGAGAAUCUGAUGAUGUGUGUUAGAAACCGAGGAGUAUAUGGUGUAUAUAUUGUCUCUGUCGUUUGCUGGUCUGUAAUGUUGGUUUCUUAUCUACUAAUAGAUGAAUUAAGGAAAAAAAAACAAGUAAAUCUGAGGGACACUGACGAUUCAAGUGAGGAUGAUCAUCCCAUCAUAUUAAACACACUGUUGGGUUCUUCGUUAUUGUGCCAGAAAGGUCUUGCCAUAUUAGGUUUAGUUCUUUAUUUCUUGUCUUGUGUAUUUAGUCCAGUGUUAGUUCUUCCUCUUUGGUUUGUAGUUUCCUUUCUGUGUUAGUCUCCUUCCCUCAGUUCACCUGCUCGCCCCUCGCAGCUGUUCCACGUUCCCCUUGUAAAGUUACCUUUGCUCAUUUUAGCUAUUGUCAAGAUUACAUUCUUUUAUUUUGGUGACUUUCUUGUCAAGGUAUCUGUGGUAACUGAAUGCAGUUCAACCUGAAAAGGGUAACCGCAAUAAGCAGAAAAGUUUAGCAGGAAAACAGACAAAUGGAUAAAUAUCAGUUAAAUUUCAAGGGAACGAGGUCAGUAACUGGGAUGGAAGUUUAUUUGAGAACCUGAAAAUAUUUAUGGAAAAAUCUGUGAUUGAUUGUAUUAAUGACAGGAAUUGUACUGACAUAUAAUGAGUUGGUGAAUGACAAGGAUGGCUUUAAUGCAUCAUCAUUUAAUCAUCUGUUCUGACCUUGUAAAAAUCGACUGGAUGCUACAUCCACGAUUAACUCAACUGGAUCCAACGUCAUAGUCCACUUCUCCCAGUGUCCAUGAAUCCAUGAAGGCCGGAUGUCUGUAGUUUUUGACCCGAUUCUGGGGAACGUUUUGAAGGCGGGGCUAAAUUCUGACGGGUUGGGGGAAAUCCAGGAGGGAUAAUGCUGCAUGAACUGAGGAAAGUUUCCUCUUUAAGUGAAACAAAAGCGAAAGUGUAGACAAGAUGGGAGUGGAAAAAACAACUGAGUGUCAGAUUCAGUUUGAUAUUUACAAAACCAAAUCUUAAUAUUUAAAAUCUUGAGUUAAAAAGAGUCAGACUGUUGGCAUUGACUAAUGCUAAUCCAUCCUGAACUCUCACCAGACAAUGAGGUAAAUCUAGAUUAAUUUAGUUAUUUGAAUUCGGCUUCUCUGACUGAAGUUGUCCUUAAUUGUUUUUUUUGCAGACAUUAAAUAUUUCAUAAGCUGAUCAAGCCUCUUUUACAGAACAAUAAUCUUGAUGCCUUAGUAAUAAGUAAUGACAGCCCCACAGCUAACCUAACGGUUUAGUUAAAGAUAAUUGAAAAGUGAGUUGGUGUCUGGUCUGUCUUGGUAAUCUGGAUCUCAGCGCCGCAUUUAGAUAUAGUAGAUUAUAACAUCAUAAUUGACAGAAUGGAAAAGCAGACAGGAUUUAGCUGAUGCUGUGCUAAACUGAUAAUUAUAAAUUAAAGCAAACAAAACCGCCCUUGGGGUACCUCAGGGCUCCGUUCUCAGACCACUUUUAUUUAACAUCUACGUGAUAUUAUUACAUUACAUUAUGGAGCACUAUGGUAUCUCUAUGGUAAUAUCUUAGACCAGAGUUCCUGAAAUCCAUUCGUCGAGGGUCGGUGUCCGGCAACGUUUGGACGCUCCCCUGGUCCAACACACCUGAAUCAACUGGCUUAAUUACACCCUCAGUGUAGGUCAAGUUCUCCUGCUAAUUACCUUAUUAUUGGACUCAGGUGUGUCAAUGCUGAGACACACUGAGACUGAGCUACACCAGUCAUUACCGACACCCUGUUUCCUAAUAAACAUGAUUAAAAAAAGAAAACAAUUGGUGUUCUGUAAAUCCCUGAAUGACCUUGUGUCUAAAAACCUUUCAGCUGCUCAAAUCCCAAAGCAUUAAGAGGCUUUUCUGUACAUAUACUAUCGCCCCCAAAAAUUUACUAUACCUUCAUAAUUUUCAUAUACUUGAAUAUUGUGUCACAAAAAUCCCCAAAUAGAAGUGUAAUUCAUGAUCUGAGCUUAUUGUUUUAAUAAUAUAUAAAGUGCAAUGCAAGACAUGUAUUAUAGAAACAAAUGGAGAAAAAGUAUUUGCCGCCGCCCCAACUCCCUCAAAAUUGCUGCCCUGGGCUACUGCCCCUGUCAGCCCUGACUCAGACAAUGAAUGAAUUCAUACAAGUUGUAACGUCUUUCUAUGUGUCCUAUGAGGGACAAAUGCAUACUUUUCUGCCAUAAACACCAAUGAAAGCAAAACACUUCCUGUUAGCAAAAGAGGAACAGCCACAAGAAUUUGUUUAGCAAAUAUGCUGCAUUCAAAGCAUGUACGAACUAAUCUAACCGUGGAUGCUGACUCACUAACCUGCGCCACUUGUUGUUUUGUUGAUUAUGGGUUUCCCUAGAAAUGAAAGUGGAAUAAUUCAGUUAUUUUUUUCUUUUAAAAAAGAAGUAGAAGCCCAGCUUCGUAAUACAAAUAUAACUCAGCUUUCCCCAACAUAACGUGGAGGUGAUUCGAUUGUUGUGCUGAUUUCGUUUUUCCUGAAAUGAUGGUCGUCCAAGUGGCUGACACUCCCUGUGCAUACCAGCCGUGUCAGACAGGCAGCAGUACCUUCCCCAAGUGGUUUCUAGUUUCAUUUCUGCUCUGCUGUCAGAGGGAAGAGGCACCGACUUCACGGAGGCAGACAGAGCCUGAGAGACUACUCUGACAAGGUAAAAACAACUUGAUACAUUUUUUACACCUUAUAAAAUACAACCUCCGAUUAUUUCUAAUGAGCCUGGCAGCAGAGUGUAUAUUACAUUUCUCUAUUUAAAAGGCUUGCCUUGGUAACAGAUCAGUACAGGAUUUAACUCAGGAUCAUGUAGUCUGGCAGUAAUCACAGCUCAGUGUUAGACUUAAAGCAUCAAAGGCCUUACCUCUUUUAUCUGAUGUAGUUAGACUGGACUCUGUUUACUUAACCAUAUUGUACUACAGUUACUAUUAUCCCUCGUUUGGUGUGUGGUAUAUCUUUAUUUAUUUUUAUUGUAAUCUGGGCUUACAGCCAAAAUAAGCGCAAUCCAAAACGCAAGUACAAUAAAAAAACCAGGCUAAACAGAGUCACAGGAAAAGAAAGUCAAACAUUUACUACUUCUAGUAUCAUUAACACAAAACAUAAAGGCUCUAGCUUUUACCAGGAUUCAAAAUAAUCUAAAUCUAACCCACAAGGGACGAAAUCCAUAGUUUAAAAAUAUCAAUUAUAGCCUAAUAUCUGUUCCGGGCAGAGAGCCUGCUAGCUUAAAUAGCUAGCAGACACUUAGCUAAGAAAAACAUCCAUCUAUGCACCGUUUGUCCGCCAGGGCUGUGGGGUAGCUGGUGCGUGUCUCCAGCGGUCAUUGGGUUUCAGGUGGGGUCAGUUCUGGACAGAUGGCCAGUCCACCACAGGGCAACACAGAGGUCUGUUAAAAGGCACCUGGUAAUAAAUAUUAAAAGAUUGAUAAUUAUCGAUUAUGUUCACGUUGUAUUUUAGGCCUAGAAAUAAACGGCCCAAUGAAUGAGUCACAGAUGUGAUCUACAUGUUGCGGAUUUGAUGACAAAAUGUUUAUUUGUGACUGCAGAGUCUCUCUGCCUCAUUCAUUAAUUAUUUAAUCCUAAAUGGGUUGGACAGAAACUUUCCUCCAAUUCGGAAGUGGGGCAGCUAUUCAAUUCCCUAAUCAGGGUAAUAGGGUACCAGAGCUCAUUUUAGCUUCCAUACAGUCUGAAGUGAAGCAAAGUUGCCUAAAAGUUGGCAUUCAGUAAAAUACAUUAUGUUCAAUAAUUCAGGAUCUGCCAGUAUUCAGUGUUCUUCAUUUUGAAUAUGCUUCUAAGGUUUUGUACACAGAUAACCGGGUCUUUAUAAAAACAAAUAUCUCCGUCACAUUGAUUUAAAAAGUAACAUUGUACACAGGAUCGCUUUUCAGAAAAGUUUAUAUCCACAGGAACUCGCACAAAUCCACCCUUCAGUGUUGCUUUAAACAUGCCAAACCCAUAGAGGGCAGUGUAGUGCCAAACUAAAACCUAUGUCAGUCAAUCAGAUUGCUUCAAAAGAACCACAACUUCUUGUUAGAGAUUAAAUGUAGUGCCAGGUGCAUUUGUGUGGACAGAUAUAUAAGUUUAACUACUUUUAAUUAGCAUAUUAGAAUCUAAAAUAAUAAUAAUAAUAAUAAAAUACAAGAUAAUGUCGAUUGGGAAUCAUAUCAAAUUAAGUAUGUGGCUGUAUUAGCGCAUUAUUUAUCCCAGACUAAUGUGCGGGAUCCUGAUUGUUUGUACACAUGCAAACACAAUUAGAGAGUUUUCUCAAAUCUUCAUUUUGGUUGGAGUUUUCAUAAGUCAUCGUUUUCAGUGAUAUAAAACAGUUUUCACGUGGACGAAAGGCCAAAACGCAUAAAAAUGCAUUCUUUCCCCCAGGUGUCUGGCUAUGUGUGGACUAGGCCCGAGUCAUGAUGUUUUACUUUGCAGUUUCACAAAUCUUGCAUGUCUUUCAUCUGCAGGUGAACAAGGCAAAAAUGUCCAGAAAAACAGCACUGCCCACAUCUGCAGGCAAAAAGCUUGUUUCGGAAGAAAUCAGAGAUUACUUUACUGUUUUGGAUGUCAUUUACGCAGAUCAGUUUGUAGAAGAGACCAUAGACCAAGAAACUGCUGAACAAGCAGAAGAGAAGUUUCUCAGAGGAGCACCACCUGAAUGGUUAAACUUUCACAUCAGUGAUCUGGCUGAGUCAAAUGGCACGGGAUCUUCAUUCAUCAAAAGAGAUGGGUAUAAGAGACUUGUGCAGCAGAUUCACAAACGGAGAAACUACAUCGGAACACCAACGGUUAAACUGCUUCACCAGCAAGGAUGUGGGGGAACCACACUGGCCAUGCAAGUAUUAUGGGACAUGAGAAAAACCCUCAGAUGUGCUGUCUUAAUGGGUUCCCCUCUAGAGUGCACAAAGAUUGCAAAGGAAGUUGUUCACCUUUUUACAGGAGGCAGCAAAGAUGACCUCAACACUGUGCUGCUCUUGAUAAAUGAGGAGUUCAUUUUGGAGCAUCUUCAAGACAGCAUCAUGACAGAGAUUGAAGAACAGCAGAUAGACGUUGAUAUUCCUGUGGUAAUUUUAUUCAUCUGUGUGAGAAGUGACCACGCCGUCCUCAAAACCGAACACUACAGAGAACAAGAGGGGUUCAUGAAGGCUCAUGACACUGACUACGUCACCCUCAAAAGGACCCUCUCAGAUUCUGAAAAGGAAGAGCUGGAUACCAAAAAGGAAGAGCUCAGCCAAAAAUAUGGAGCCAAAGCCACCCAGUUCCAUGGUUUCAACAUACUGCAUAGUAAUUUCUCACAGGAUUAUAUACAAGAAGCAUGUGCUGUCCUUAACAUGGUUGAAAGGAAAAAGAAACCCUUGAAGACCCAACUUUUGUCCUUCCUGUCCUUGCUGAAUGCCUAUGUACCAGGCUCUUACCUACUAGAGUCUGACUGCUUAGACUUCCUCAGACAUGACAACUCCCUGCAGGGUGACCUUUCAGUGGUGACCCAAAAGCAGCCUUUCAGUCAUCUCAUUAUCUCUUUUCAACAUGACAAAAGGUGUGAGAAAAGAAUCCGGAUGGCUCAUCCAAUGAUUGCAAAGCAUUGCACUGAACUACUGGCUAUUGCAGGAGUGGCCAGAAGUGACACGGCAAGAGACUCCUUGCUCCAAUUUUGUCCAGAUGAGGUCUCUCCAUGUUUGCUUGGCUUCAUCAAGGACUUGCUGACAAAACGAGAGCAUAAAAAGGAUGGGUCGAUCGAAGAUUCGGAUCUGGAGAAAUUUUCUACUCUGAUUUUACACAUUAACGAGGUAGAAGACAAAAACCAGAGUGCAUUGGUUCUCAAGGUGGCAUCAGAGAAGUUUGAUAAGAACUCUUUGUUCCCCCAGGCACAUGCUAGGCUUUGUUAUGGAGAACUUGAAGACUUCAAAGAGGCUGAAUUUUGGGCAAAAAAGGCAAUAGAACGAGACCCCAAAAAAUCCUUUAUUGCCGACACGUUGGGCCAAGUUCAUAAAAACCAUCUGAGGAACAAAAGGCUUUCAAUUGAACCAAGAGAACUGUUGCAGUUGGCCCAGAAGGCCAUUGAAGCUUUUGAGCAUGAAGAAAAACUUGCUGAAGAAGAACACAGGAAAAGUUUGACAGAAGAUGAGAAAUCUAAAGUCCUGUGGGGUUUAAACACCAGAGGGCAGUUUGGUUUCCUGCAGGUCUGUAACAUUCUCUUUGACCUACUCGUCUUCCAAAAUGAGACGUGGAAGGAAGUGCUUACAAAGAGUGUGCCGAUGGGCUCAGUCCUGGAAUCACUUGGAGAUACCAAACUCUUUAGGUUCAGGGACCUCGUAGAGAAUCUCAGGGAGAAAGUUGAGAAAAAAAUGGAAUUCUUUGACAACUUUCUCACUUAUUCACAGUCUGUCCUGAGAAAAGACAAAGCUUAUGUUUCUAGAGAAGCUUCAGCAUGCUACAAAAAGUAUGUUGGAGACUCUGUCCCUGAACACAAUGACAGACUCCAACAGACUUUCCAAAAACUGAAACAGAAACUGGCCAUCACCUCUGCUGGGGUCCUCUCAUGUCUAGACCGAACAUGCACAUCACACAUUGAAUAUAUCAUAGAGUGGUGGAGGGAAAUUUCACAAGGAAAUAAUUCCACUACUGAGGCUUUUGUCAACUUUAUCCUUGCGCAGAUCAUGCUUUCAAACAAAAACAAGGCUAUAUCCAGUUCUGAUUAUAAAAAUGCUUUAAAACUAAAAAAGCCACCGUCCUCUGUCACACAAGCAGAGUAUCACCUUCUAUCUCUGCUUCUGUCUUGGCCUACAAAUGAUGAAGACAAACCAGUUCCCCAUUUCUAUCAGUUAAUAAAAAAUGCAAGUCAUGCUUAUGAGCGAGAAUACAAGACGAUGUUUCGAUCAAGAUAUCUCCGACCUCUGUUUUUUCUUGGACCAGGCAUAAGCUUGAAGAGAUUUGUUCACCGACGGGUUCUUGAGAUCUUGUGGACCAAAGAUGCACUACAAGAAUCAAACACAAACUGGAAGAAUGAGAGUAUCUUCAGGGAUUCCAUAGUUGAAGAACAUCUUCUCAAAGUUGAAGGAGUGGUGCGAAACUACAGAGUCUAUGCAAGAUUCAGAGGCACUGAAGUUGAGGUAGAUGCAAACCGAAGGGACUGUCUCUGUAGAUCAAGUCAUGUCUCCUUCUACCUGGGAUUUACCAUCAAAGGUCCAGUAGCCUUCAGCAUUCGGAGAAAAUUACUGGUCACCGAGGGGGCCCAAAAAAUUAAAACCCCUGAUCACGCAGAAGCAAGCAGCAAUGGAAUGACAGAAACAGGAAAGAAGCAAGGUGCUGAUGUGGCCUAGUUAAAGACCAGAGAUGAGACUGAAAGAACUGCUGCGGGGACAAAGUCCAAGAUCUGCGGUUGAAUGGACACAAAGUUAGAGAGAAGAGCGUGAAUACAUUUCACCAUUACUUUACAUGGCACUACGAUGAUGUCUCUUGUAUGUGGUUAUGUAAUUGCACUGAGUUUUGUAUUGUUUGUGAUUUGUGUUUUUGUGAAAAUUACACUACAUGUCAUGAUUUAGCUUCAAUGAAAAACUUUAAAAAAUGUUAUUAAAUGUAUUUUUUAUCACCAUAGGGUAAAAAGGGGUACUUGCUUUUUGUCUUAAGUUUAUUUCCUGUGCACAACUGCCGUUUCAUCAAAUGUUCAGUAUUAAUCAUUUAUUUUAAUGUUUUGUAUUUAGUUUUUUUUUUUUUUUACAAAAUCAAUGUGAAUUUUUGUUAAAUUUGUUUUACUCGUUUAAAAUAGUUUUUCACACAAAGUAAAAAAAAAAAAAAACAAUGUAUAAGAAUGAAAGCAGGCAUUGUAAUAAUUUAAACAGUAUUCAUUUCUUCUGUGAAAAAGGAAAGUUUUCACCAGCCACUAGAGCAGCAGGUCAGAUUUGCUGCUACCGUUACCGUAGCAACCUGCGCUCCGCUCCGUAAUGAGCUGCUACCGUUACCGCUCAUUCAAACUUAAGAUUCAUUUCUCCAGAAAAGCGAGUGAAUUGAAAACACUCAUUUUAUGUACGCUGUAACCUCCAUGUCUUUAAUAUGUGAUAGAGUACACUAAUAAAAGUGUGAAAGAUAAAUGAUGUUUAACAUGCAAAUGUGUGAUAAAA